AUGCUCCGAAGUCCUCAGCAUCUCGUCUUGCAGCUGUCCGUCGCACCCAGUCGACGCACAUUGACCACUGCCGCUGCAUCGUACAACUCCGAAAAGUCUCCACCUCCACCGCCGCCGCCGCCGUCUUCGCGCUCCUCUCAUAGUCACGCGCAGUCGCACGCGUCCGCCACUUCGUCGAGCGCGCCAGCAACUCCUGCUGCUGCUGCAACUGUCCGUGUCUUCCGCCUCACCUCCGAACCCAACGUUGCGGCACGCAACAACCGCCGGUCCGCCAUGGCCAGCCAGCCCCAGACACAGCCGCGCGCGCGGUCCGAGGAGCGGCCUGCAUCGGAGGCCGAUGGCGACCACGCCGAGGCCGCGCGGCAGACGCGCACAACGUCCCGGUUCACUUCCUACUUUCCUCUCGGCUACCGGGAUGCUGUGCACCAAUGGUGGCACAGUGUCUCGGCAUCCGGCGCCGAACGCGGUGUGCUGGCCUAUGUCCCAUUUAUCCGCGAGGCCAAGCUCGGCUCGCAACCCGACCUCAGCAUGACCGCCCAGCAGCAACAGGCCGGCGGGGGCGCUCUCUCGGCCAUCAAUAGCGCCAACAGCAAGGACCCGUACGGCCCCCGUCUCUGGCGGUCACAAAUGGUGCCGCUGUCCGGAAAGAACCGUGCGCUCAACGAGUACUCCAUCGAGCGCGUCGGCGAGAAGCACGAGGAGACUCUGGUGAUGCUGCACGGCUACGGCGCUGGCCUCGGGUUCUUCUACCGCAACUUUGAGCCCUUGAGCCGGCGGCAGGGCUGGAAGCUGUACGCGCUCGAUAUGCUGGGGAUGGGCAACUCGUCGCGCCCGCCAUUCAAGGUGCGCGCCAAGGACCCGCAGGCCAAGAUCACCGAGGCAGAGAGCUGGUUCAUCGACUCGCUCGAGGAGUGGCGCAAGAUCCGCAAGAUUGAGCGUUUCACACUCAUGGGCCACUCGAUGGGCGGCUACCUGGCCGUCUCCUACGCGCUCAAGUACCCCGGCCACCUCAACAAGCUGAUCCUCGCGUCUCCCGUCGGCGUGCCCGAGGAUCCGUACGCGGUCAACGCGGCGAUGCCCGAACCCGAUGAGUCGACGCUCGUCAACGAAUUUACACAAGAUCAGAGUGCUGUUGCCGAGGGCAGCAGCCCGGCCAACGCGGCCACAACGACCACGACGACCACCCCGUCCUCCAACCACAACUACACCUACAACCACAACCACCACAACAAGAAGACGACGUCGGCCAAGCCAGAACGCCGGCCGCUGCCGGGCUGGCUUGUGUGGCUCUGGGACGCCAACGUAUCGCCCUUUAGUCUGGUGCGCGCGUCGGGCCCGCUGGGCCCGCGUCUGGUGUCUGGCUGGACGUCACGGCGGUUUAGCCAUUUGGAGCAGGACGAGGCGGACGCGCUGCACACGUACACGUACAACCUGUUCCGGCAGCGCGGCAGCGGCGAGUACGCGUUGCCGUACCUGCUGGCGCCCGGCGCGUACGCGCGCAGCCCUGUGAUCAACCGCAUCCAGAACGUGGGCCGGCAGGUGGUGACGCCCGCCCGCCCGGCGACGGCGACGACGCCGGCGACGCCGGAAGUGAAGGAGACGGGCUUCCCGAUUGUCAUGAUGUACGGCGACCACGACUGGAUGGACGUGGCGGGCGGGUACGCGGCCGAAGAAAAGAUCAAGCAGCGGAUCGUGCAGGCGCUGCUGCACGGGACGCCCGACGAGAAGCGACGCGAGAACGGCAGCGCCAAGGUGCUGAUUGUGCGCAACGCGGGCCACCACCUGUACCUGGACAACCCGGACGAGUUCAACCGGUUCAUUGACGACGAGCUGGCGGAGACGCAAAAGUCGGAGAAGCGGCGACGGCAGCAGUUGGAGUAG